UCGGUUCGGUUCUGCUCGGUAAUGGAGAGUUUAUAUAUGUUUCUGCCCUCAGUUCCACACCGUGUUUGCAGUGCUUGGGUCAAGUUUACCCUGGACCCUAGAGAACUAACUAACUAACCUGUGGGACUGAGAGCAGAACACUGAGCUCGAGCUGAUGUUGGAUUUAGCACAGGGCUUUUAGGCUUUAAUGGUUUAAAGGUUUAAAGGGGUUUAAAAUGAUUUUAAGGGUCAAUAAAGUUUCUGUGCGCGUGUUUCUGGAGGUUUGUUUUGAGUGCGGGUUUGUUAUGAGUGAUGGUGAAAGAGCGCGCUUUCCCUCCUCCAGCUCUUCUUACCAGUGCGACCAGUCUCAUACACAUACUGGACUACAGGAGCUUAUUUAUUUAUUUUAGGAGUAUUUAUCAGACUGAACUGAUGGCCUUGUUUUGAUCUCCUUCUUAAAUCUGUGUUUUGAUUGGCUCAGCUUGAAAUAAUACUUGGAAUGCAAUUUUGUUUACCCAAAAGUAAAUACAGUGUGAUUUACUCAAACGUAUCAAUACUUUUAUCUUUAGUCAUGAACAUAAAGUCGGUAUGAAGUUGAUCUGUAAGUUCUGUAAGCUGUUCUGUGGUCUAUGGUGUUUUUUAUUUAUAUGUUAGGUGAGGAGUGAGGAUAGGCACUGUUUGUGAGCUACAGUUGACAUGGAUGAUGAAGAUGGCAGGUGCUUGCUAGAUGUUAUAUGUGACCCUCAAGCUCUCAACGACUUUCUUCAUGGAUCAGAAACACAACUGGACACUGACGACCUUUUGGAUGGCUCGAGUGACCCGUCCAGCUCUUUCUUCUCUGGUACUGGGGGACACGUUCCUGAAGUCCAGCCACCGGCUCAGCUAUCGACAAGCGAGCCAUCUGGGCUGCCCAGAGUCAGCGUCGAUUUGGACUUCCUGGAGGACGAUGACAUCCUCGGAGGCUCACCAGGAGGAGGCGGAGAUGGUGGGAGCAAUGGCGUUGACUCAAAUCACGAACCAUGUGACAUUCUGCAACAGAGUCUGGCGGAAGCUAACAUUACAGAACAGAGCCUUCAAGAGGCGGAAGCUGAGCUUGAUCUUAGCUCUUUCGGGCUAACUAAUUUGACACAGGUAGUCCAGCCUUUGCCUGAUACCAGUAGUUUGCCUGGGGUGGGCAUUGGAGGAGCUACACAGAUCUUUCCCAGCCAAGGUUCCACUACCACUCCCUCCACUGCGACCACAGAUAUGCUUGGUUCAGUUCUGGCUCACCCGGGCCUGCAGAUUCAACCACAGGUUAUGAACAAGGCCAUCAGUGUCCAGCCAUUCAUGCAGCCUGUCGGGCUCGGAAAUGUAACCCUUCAACCCAUUUCAAGCCUUCAGACUCUACCAAAUGGAAGCCAGUCGGGACAUUUGGGCAUUGGACAGAUUCAGGUUGUGGGCCAACCCACUGUAAUGACUAUCAAUCCAUCUGGCCAGCAGAUCCUGACUAAACCCAUGGGUAGUUAUCAGCUGCAUCAACCUGGGCCAGAGACUGCAGGUUCUGGAGCCCAAACUGGACUCGGAGGUUCUGUGCUUAGCUCUGGAGGGGGACUUUUGAUUCAGGGAGGCAAGGCUACACUAGGGUCCCCAUCUUUGAAUGGCCCUGCUGUCUGUGUUAGCACCACAAACACCAACAGCAGCGGCACUGCAAUGGCCACACCAAGUGGCAUAGUGGGAUUUAGUGGUGCUGCCCUAAGCACAGGGAUCGGAUCUCAAACUCAACCUCAGCCACAGAGCCAAAUUAUGCAGAAUGUCAUCAUCCAGCGAACACCAACUCCAAUACAACCCAAACCUCCGCAAGGUGGCACCAUACCACCCAAACUCUUUAAACAACAGCCACAGCAACAACAACAACUUCCAACCCCACAUGUAUUACAGAAUGAUGCCAGUAAGGCUCUUGGAGUGCAGCAGGUUCCAGUGUCUGCUGCUCAGAAUGUAGCCUUCCUAACUGGCAAGCCCGGUUCAAACGUUGUCUUGAGUACCCAGGCCACCACCCAGGGGGCACAGUUCCCCCAGGCUCUGUUUAAGUCGCAGGUUGCUCCGGCAUCAGGCAAACCCCUUAGUGUCCAUUUACUAAAUCAACAGGGCAGCAUAGUCAUUCCCUCUCAGGCUGUCUUGCAAGGUCAGAACCAUCAGUUUCUUCUCCCUCAGCUUCAGGCUGGAGGACAGAUCCUGGCUCAGCAUCCUGGGGGUCACAUUAUCACCAGUUCGGGACCAAGUGGACAGAUAAUCGCUGCUAAUCAGAUUUUAACAGCUAAUCAGAACAUCAAUCUUAGCCAGGUUUUGGCCUCACAGGGCCAUCCUGGUGCUGCCCACAUUCUCUCUGGGCCCAUCCAGCUCCAGCCUGGACAGAUGGGCCACCCUACACUCUUCCAGAUGCCUGUCUCCUUAGCCCAGACACAGAACCAAGCGCAUCCAGUGACGGGACACGUUCAGACGGUUAUACAGGGCAUGCCUAUCCAAAACUCCUUGUCAAUAGAGGGACUAAGCCCGGCAGUCAGUUUGCAGCCAACCCUUCAACAGCAGGCUACUGGCAUUCCCACCAACAGCAGCACUGGAGCAGCAGCAAUGGCACAGUGCCAGCCUGGGGAGAGCAUCACUGUGCUGGGUAGCUCAACUGAGCAGGCUGCCCAACCGCAACCCCAAACCUCCAUCCUGACUGUACAGACGGCUCCAUCUGUUUCGGCGCCAGCAUCGGUUCCCUCCUCUUCAGCUCCAUCCUCUACAGUGGUGACAUCUGCGCCCUCAGUGACGACGCUGGGUUUGGGCCACCAGGCCCAGCACAGUCCAGGAAAGGUGUUGUUCACACCACCAGGCCCCAGUAUGAUCCUCGGUCAAGAGUCCAUGCAGAUGUUCCUGCAGCAGGACCAGCAGCAUCAAGCAGGGAAAGACCCGCCCGCCUCUGUGGGCGUACCUGCAUCUGUUAUCGUCAGCGGCGGCGGCAGCUCUGGUCCCGCCCCUGCAGGCCAUGACAACCCGUUAGCUGAGACUCGCCCGGGGCAGAGUCCGAGCCCCUCCCUCGGCCCCGCUCACAUGGCAGCAUUGGUUAACAAGGUUCCAUCCUCGGCACAUCAGCAGACUCUAAAACUCCAAAGCGCCUCCCCCUCUCAGUCUGGACCCUCCAACAGCGCCACGCCAACCCUGUCAGAGAGCCCACAGCCAUCUCAGGCUUCUCCUCUAACACUGGGCCAGCAGAUUCAGUCUCCUCAUCCUCCCCCCCAGUCCCGACCUCCCUCUCAGCCCCAGGCGCAGCCCCCCUCCCAGUCCCAGACCCCUACUAGGGCAUGCACACCUUCCUCUCUACCUCCACUCUUUAUAAUACACAAUCAGAUAGGGGGCUCUCCGCAGGGGCCUCAGCUCUCGGCCCAGUCAGCUCAGGCCCAAAGUCAGCAGAUCCAAGUGCAGCUGCCCCAGGUUCUGCCCCAGCCAGUCCCACAGCCUGUAGUUCUUCAACAGGAGCAGUCCCCCUCCUCCUGCUCCCCAAAGCCUCCCCAGGUGCCUGCCCAGGUGCUUUCCCAGGCCCCUCCCACUUUCCAGUUUGCACCCACUGCAAUAGGCACCUCCACUGGGGCAGUGUUGAAGCAACAGGUGACUGUCCCAGGUUUGAAUCCUGAACAGCAGCAUCAUUUACAGCUGAUUAACGCCCAAAUACAGACCAUGUCCUCCAUCGCCCAGCCCUCUCCGCAGCAGAAGCAGCUAUUGGACAAGCUCCACCAGGUUCAACAAAACAUCCUUCUUCAGGCCAAACAGCAGGCUCAAGCUCAAGCCCAAGCCCAGGCCCACGCUCAAGCUCAAGCUCAGGCUCAGGCUCAGACGCAGGGAGCAAGUCAGUUCAGCAAACUACCUGAGCAGCCUUCAGCACAAGUGAUGACCUCAGCCAGCGCUGCUGCCAGCGGAUCAGUCCCGUCAGUUCUGCAGCAAAAAUCUGUGCUCAUCAAGUCCUCAGCUACAGGUUCUAAUGAUAUACAGGUACUGGCUGGAGCGCAGGCAUCUUCUGGUGUUACUGUCAACCAGGGAAUAGCCCCUCCUAACAUCGGUCAGACUGUUCAGGCAAAACCAGGAGUAAUAAGUGGAGUUGGGGGGCUUGCAGUUGGCAAACCAGGAUUACAGAUUCAGGUUCUGAGCAGCGGAAUUUCUCAGAUGCCGGCACCACAGCCUCCUGCUCCCGUUCAGACUCAGACAUCAGCUUUGAAAAGGCCUUUUAGUAUGGAGACGAGUAAAGAGGCUCGAAUGCUGGAACAGCUGAGGAAGCUUCAGGGUUCUGUAUUACACCCAGACUACAGCUCACCGUUCUGUUCGUUCGAGGACACUUUGCACCGGCUCCUGCCCUACCACCUGUACCAGGGCAUGGCCCCUUCCACUCAGGACUACCGCAGAGUGGAUGACGAGUUCCAGAACGUCUCCUGCCAACUUCUGAAGCGUACACAAGCCAUGCUGGACAAAUAUCGUCACCUGCUCUUUGAAGAAUCAAGGAGGCUGGGUCCUUCUGCUGAGAUGGUGAUGAUUGAUAGGAUGUUCAUCCAGGAAGAGAAGAUUGCGCUAAACCAGGACAAAAUACUGGCUAAAGAGAAGCCAGAAGAGUUUGUGGCCAACUCCUGUUUGCUGAACAGAAGUGCGGACAGCUCCAUGAGGCCAGCAGCAGUGGAACUAAGCUCUGUCCGAACAGGCCCAUCCGCUCUAGUGCCGACCCACGUACCUGCCACCCCGUCUCCAGCUCCUCCUACGGGCACUACCGCCCCCGCUGCUGCUCCUGCUGCUGCUGCCUCUGCUGAUGCCCCUUCUCCUCCUUCCUUCCAUCCCACCAAGCUAGUGAUAAAGCAAGGAGGAGGGGGUGCGCUAGUGUCGUGGUCCACCAGUGUCUCCCCUACGCCUGUUCCAGCUGUGCGGCCCAGUGCCGAACCUGUAGCACAGAGCUCAGACCGUUCCUUCAGUCGUGCCUCGUCCUCUGUACGUUCAGCUGACGAUGAAGACGAUGAUGUUGCGCUCCCACAGCGGACCAGCAAACCACCUAUGAAGACCUAUGAGGCACGACAGCGAAUCGGCUUGAAGUUGAAAAUAAAGCAGGAGGCAGGGUUUAGCAAAGUGGUUCACAACACUGCCUUAGACCCUGUUCAUUCACAGACCCAGCAUGCCCCACAACCACAAACCUCUGAGCCACCCUCCAAAACCAGACCCCCUGUAACACAAACAGCAACAGUCAUUAGGACUCCACCCCCCACUUGUAACCCCACCACUUCCACAACUUUCAGUGCAGUGACCACACAUGCAAGCUCCACCUCUGGUGGCAUAGCUUCCUCCACAGCCCCUCCUUCCUCUGCAUCUCACACAUGGUCUUCGUCAUCCUCUUCAACUUCUUCUGCCCAGAUGAACGGCACUCUGGAGCACCACGAAGUGGGCGGAAUCAAACGGAACCCUACCUCCACGACAACGUCUCAGACGACUACCUGCCGACUCCCUUUGCGCAAAACUUACCGUGAGAACAUCAGUCCUCGCCACCGGCCGGGAGUCCCAGGGGGUGGUGAUAUUAUACCCAUGCCACAACCAGCACCUGCAGGACCCCUAAUCUCCUCUCCCCAGCCAGAGCGGACGGUAAUUGCCAGCGUGAAGUUGGAGCGGCAGGGUGGUAGUGGGCUCGCUCACCCCCACACGGACCCUGGCUCGCAAGGCUUGAUGGCGGUAGAGGACGAAUUCUUUCGCGGAAUCAAAAACGCUUAUCACCACCACCACCACCAACAGCAGCAGCAGUUCUCUGACAAAGAGGACGAGGGAGACGGGGACGGUGGGAGCCGCAUGGGGAGGGUGAAGGGCUUGGUGAGUAAAAGCAGAGAGCGGGCUCUGGGGACAUUUCAGAUGGACCAGCAUGCGCCUGGUCCUCCAUCUCCAGGAGAAACAUCUUGCACAAGAGACUCUUCAUCACUUCCUGCAAAACGGUGUAAAUCGGACUCUCCAGACAUGGACAAUGCCAGCUUCUCGAGCGGCAGUCCCCCACCGGACGACUCGCUCAAUGAACACCUGCAGUGUGCUAUUGACAGCAUACUGAACCUGCAGCAGGGCCCGCCAGGCAGGGGAGCCGUGGGCAGGGUCCAUGCAGCAAGCCUAACGAACCAGCACCAAACCCACCACCGCCAGGGCACAUCGUCAUCUUCAUCGUCCACAUACAGACACUCUGUCUCUUCCUCUUCAUCUCCAUCUUCAUCCUCCAUGUCCCAGCACCCACAGGUAGGGGGCAGAGGGCAGAACGGAAGUCUGGUGUCUCAGACGCACAGUAGAUAACAGCCCCUGUGGUCAGUAGACUCUGAAGGACUUGGGAGGGGUGGGGGUGGAGUCUCUGUUCAGCUGUGUUUGCCUUGUUUGUCUGGGGGUGGUUUAAAUGCGACUCUGAGAGUAAGUGUACUAAAGGAUGAAGUGCACUCUCGCUCUUUUUUUUUUUUUUUUUGUAUUUUUUUGUGUUCUCUGUUGGGAAGCUUCAGGCCAGUUCCUAAUCAGUGCUUGUGGACAGGAGGUCACUUUUUUUUCUUACAAAAAUGCAUUAUUAAUGACAUGGUGGGGCCAGAUGAGCCAAUCAGUUGUCAAUAUGAUUUAUGUACUUUAAAUAAUCAUAAUUGGUCUGAUUUACAGUCCCUGGUGAAUUUACAUAACCAUAGCGUUCUGUCUUCCGUGUCUGUUUAUCUUUGGUGACGUUUUAUCAUAUCAAAUGGACUGAGGUACCUGCAGUGUAAUUCUUUGAUUUUCAGAUUAGGUCUCUUUUGUCCACUAGAGGGAGAUGAUUGGUUCUCCCUCUUUAGCACAAACUUAAUGAAUUGAUUUAGAAACUGAAUAAGCCUCAGAAGGUUUGUGUAACUUUUUCCUUCAUGAGCCUCACAUUUGAAAAACAUCCAUGAAAGCAAGUUCUGUUAACCCUGUGUUUUCUGGGUCGUUAAAUGUCGACACUAACAGACGGCAAGUUUACAAAACUGAAGGAAGUAAAAGCAGCUGACCUGAAAUCGGGUCACCAUCUGGAAGAAGUUUUACAUAACACACCUGUGCAGGGAAUCUUUUGUUUUUGGAGGGUGAGAUCGUCUGACGGCAAAUCCAGGAUUCCCCUCACCGUUCUCAGAGAUCUGCCUCCUGCUGAGUUUACAUACAUCUGUCACGUGUAGCUGUAAUUACUAUAGAUAUACUAUGAUUGAUAGAGCUGAUAUAGCUCAGUCUGAAGUUAGAUCACUGUUGGCAGUAAACUUGGCAGGAGAAGUUGUCUCUUGGAGCGAAGCGGUGUGUUCACCAGAGGACUGGUGGAAUAGCUUUAGAAAAUUGUUUUUAGUGGUUCUCAGUUCUAGACUGUAAUCUAGUACCAACAUAUUUUCUUUAAAUCAGGAACAGGAGAGCAGAAAAACACACAGACGGUGUUGUGGGAUCGCUGAGCCUCGGACUUAAACGCCUGUUUAAUCAGUAUUUUCUGUCUGGGAGCUUUUUUGAACUGUAAGCUCUGUCACAGACAUUUGAGGCUCUGAAGUCACCCUCCUAAUUUAUUUCUAUUUAUUUUUUUUGUACACAUACUUAUGGCUGCUUCUAAGCCCUUUUGGACAAUUCAAAAGCAAACACAGCUUAAGCAAUGACUUGGAAAUUGAACAAUAAUAAUGUAAAGGAAAAAUAGAACUGUAAGAAUUUGAAGUAUAGUACUACAAAUUAAUUUUGUAUUGUAUUUAUUGUGUAUAAUGACACUUUUUAAAAAGAACUGUACAUUUAGUAAAACUGUAAAUUAAACCUUGCUUCUUUUAUGAAA